AUGGAUGUGUUUUUGAUGAUUCGCCGCAAGAAAUUGACCAUCUUCACAGAUGCAAAAGAGAGUACCUUGAUGGGCGAGGUGAAGAAAAUCAUUGAAGGCAUCCUCAAAGUGCCCCCAGAGAACCAGAGACUGUUCAAAGACAAUACACCAAUGGCAGAUGAGCACAAGUCAUUGUCAGACUAUGGGUACACCAGCGCUGUCGCCAGGGCUCAGUCUCCAGCCACAAUCGGCCUGAUUUUCAAAACAGAAGAAGGAGAGUGGGAACCUCUAGACAUCCAGCCGUUGUCCAGUCCUCCAGAACUACCAGAUGUCAUGAAACCUCAAGAUACCAGCCAGACUCACCAACCAGAGCCUAAUGCCGUAUAG